AUGAGUCCCACCCCAGCUACGGUGCCCUGCCAGUACCGGACGGGGAAGACACUGGGCAGCGGAACGUAUGCGAUCGUAAAGGAGGCUGUACACAUCAAGACGGGGCAGUACUAUGCAUGUAAAGUGAUCAACAAGAAGCUCAUGGAGGGCCGGGAGUACAUGGUGCGGAACGAGAUCGCAGUGCUGAAGAAGGUCUCCAGAGGCAACCCUAACAUCGUCACGUUGCACGACUACUUCGAGACGUCCCACAACCUGUAUCUAUGCUUCGAUCUCUGCACAGGCGGCGAGCUCUUCGACCGGAUAUGCGCCAAGGGCAACUACUAUGAGGCUGAUGCGGCCGAGCUCGUGCGGACGAUCAUGGGCGCGGUGAAGUACGUCCACGGCUGUGGCAUUGUACAUAGGGACUUGAAGCCCGAGAAUCUGCUGUUUCGGACAAAGGACGAGGAUGCAGACAUUAUGAUCGCCGACUUUGGCCUCAGUCGGGUCAUGGACGACCAUCUACUCACGGAAGUUUGUGGUACGCCUGGGUACAUGGCCCCGGAGAUCUUCAAGAAAACCGGCCACGGCAAGCCCGUUGACGUCUGGGCCAUGGGUGUCAUCACCUACUUCCUGCUCUGCGGCUACACGCCGUUUGACCGCGACACGCAGCAGCAGGAGAUGGAGGCGAUCCUCGCGGGCGAUUACAAGUUCGAGCCGGAGGAAUACUGGCAGAACGUCUCGCAAACCGCGCGCGACUUCGUCACGACGUGCCUCACGAUCGACCCCGCCGCGCGCCCAACCGCGGAGGAGGCACUCCAGCUCCCAUGGCUCGCGUCCGCGACGCCGCACUACGUGCCCGACCCCGAGAGCCCGCACGGCGGCCCGAAGGACCUGCUGCCGCACGUGAAGAAGGCGUUCGAUGCGAAGAAGACUUUCCGGAAAGCGGUGCUCUCCAUGGUGGCGAUGCGCCGGAUGUCGACGCUCGCGCACGGACACACACCCGAACCGCAGAUUGGGGGCAAGAGCCUGCGGCAGCUCCUCGAAGAGUCCGAAAAGGUGCGUGCCCCGCGUUGUCAGCCUCCAUCAUACCAUCACUAA